AUGCAGCCCAUCACACCAGCAUCUUUCUUCAUUUUCUCCACAGCCUUGCAGGGGCCGACUGUUUUCCACGUUAUACAGACCUCAUCCUUUGUCAAUAGCACUUGGGCACAAAAUCAAGGAUCUGGUUGGUUGGAUGAUUUACAGAUUCUUGGCUGGGAUAGUGCCUCAGGCACUGCUGUAUUCCUGAAGCCCUGGUCUAAAGGAAACUUUAGUGAUGCAGAGAUUGCAGAGUUGCAGGAGAUAUUCCGACUCUACUUCUUUGGACUCAUUAGGGAAGUACAGGAACGUGUCACAGAUUUUCAGCUGGAAUACCCUUUUGAGAUCCAGGGCAUUGCAGGCUGUGAGCUGCUUUCCACGGGUUCCACUGCAAGCUUCUUGAGGGGAGCUUUAGGAGGACAGGAUUUCCUGAGCAUCAAAAAUCAUUCGUGUGUACCUGCUCCAGAAGGUGGAUCAAGGGCACAGAAGUUCUGCACAUUAGUUACUCAGUACAAAGGCAUCUGUGGUAUUGUGAAGAAGCUCCUCUUAGAAACCUGUCCCCAAUAUCUCUUUGGCAUCCUUGAAGCAGGGAAGGCAGAUCUGCAGAGGCGAGUAAAACCUGAGGUCUGGCUGUCCAGUGGCUCCAGUCCUGGGCCUGGUCAUCUACAGCUAGUGUGCCAUGUUUCUGGCUUCUACCCAAAGCCAGUGUUGGUGAUGUGGAUGCAGGGUGGCCAGGAACAGCAGAGCACUCAGAUAGGUCACAUCCUGCCCAACACUGAUGGAACAUGGUAUCUCCAAGCAACCCUGGAUGUGGAGGCUGCAAAGGCAGUUGGUCUGGCCUGCCGGGUGAAGCACAGCAGUCUAGGAGAGCAGGACAUCAUUCUCUACUGGGGAAAACCCAACUAUGUUGGCUUGAUCAUUUUGGCAAUUACAGGACCUUGCUUGGUCUUUUUGCUGUGCCUUGCAUUGUGGGUUUUGAGGCGAUGGUCAUAUCAGAACAUUCUGUGA